GUGUACACCUACCACGAAAAAAAAAUAAACAGCCUCAUCGCGUUGGCUAGGCUACAUAAAACCAGUUGAGGUCGCUAGUUUCUCAAGCUUUCCACUCGAGUUGAACAGUCCAGCAGAAGCAGAUGUCCAUCAUUAGCACCUUGCUCUACGCCUCAGAGUGCCGUGUGUCACGUCGCGGAGAGCCUACAAUAUUUCCCAUUCGGCGUUGACGUGCUACCAUGGAAACGCUAUUGCUUGCACUACGUGCUCGCCGCGGAGAACAGAGUGACGUCAGGUUGUCGGUGGUGACGGAGACGCGGAGAGCCAGUGCAUGUUUCAUCGAAGAGAAUCGACUGAACGCGGCAGCAGAGCUCUCGGAACCAUGGGUGACGUUCUGGGGAUUACAAAUAACGGAUUUUAACAGGAGAACACUGGGAAAAUGGCAGAACGGCUGGAGUGGGUGGAGAUCAUCGAGCCGCGGACGCGGGAGCGCAUGUACGCCAACCUGCUGACGGGGGAGUGCGUGUGGGACCCCCCCCAGGGCGUGAGGAUCAAGCGCACGGGGGACAACCAGUGGUGGGAGCUGUUCGACCCCAACACGUCCCGCUUCUACUACUACAGCGCCGCGUCCCAGCGCACCGUCUGGCACCGCCCCCAGGGCUGUGACAUCAUCCCGCUCGCCAAGCUGCAGACGCUCAAGCAGAACUGCGACUCGCCCCGGCGCGUCUCCGCCGGCAACAGCCCCGCCCACAGCGCCGCCGUCAGCCAGGAGGGCAGCACCUCCUCCUCGCUCGACCAGGAGCUGGCCGAGAAAGCGGCCCCCGGCCGAGAGAGGGGAGAGGCCGAGAGGACGUCCCCGUUCAGGUGGAACACCGGCACUAAGGAGCGCAUGCUGAUCAAGGUGACGGACCGCGAGCCCAGCUUCCUGUCCCACCAGGGCAACGGCUUCUCCCCCGGCGAGGGCGGAGGGGGCGUCGGCACCUCCUCCCGAUCCCGCCGCUCCUCGGGCAACGCCCCCCCGGACCCGGACAGCCCCCCCGUCUUCUACCCCGAGCGCCGGCAGUCGCCCUUCCUGAAGAGGGCGGAGCUGGGCGGGUCCCCGCUGCUGGGAGGGGGCGGAGCCUCCCACCGCCGCUCCUCGGCCGACUCCCAGCCGCCCUCGCCCCGCUACGCCUACGAGCCCCCCCUGUACGAGGAGCCCCCCUCCGAGUGCCAGCCCCCGCCCAUCUACGAGGAGCCGCCCACGGACAUGCACUGCGACCCCUACGGCUCCGCCCCCUCGCCCGCCGCCCGCAAGCCUUCCUCGUCCUCCUCCUCCUCCUCCUCGCACUUCCACUCGCCCAAGCAGAGCCAGUCGCCGUACCAGCAGCUGGUGCUGACCCGGCAGAAGCAGGGCGGGCCGGGCCUGGAGUACAGCCCGGCGGGCCGCGAGUACGUCAAGCAGCUGGUGUACGUGGAGCAGUCCGGCUCCAGCCCCCGCUUCAAAACCGCCGACCGGCUGCUGCGCUACCAGACGGCGGGGCCCGGCGGCGGCGGGGCCGGGUACGGGGGCCCGUACGGGGGCAGCUACACCCUGCAGCACAGCCAGUCGCUGAUCCGCGACCCGCGGGUGCUUCUGGACUGCCUGGGCGAGGCGGGCGAGCUGCGGCAGCGGCUGCUGUACGAGGACUCCAUGUCCUGGACGUCCGGCGGCCAGCACGACUCCCUGCCCUCCUCCGCCGGGGCGGGGGGGUUCCCCGCCGGCGCGAACCGCAAACGCAAGACGCGCAAGCCCUCGCUGCCCCAGGAGGUGCUGGCGCACUGCGGGGAGGGCGGGGGCGGGGCGGGGGGCUGCGAGGCCGGGGCGGGGUCGGCGGGACGGGGCGGGGACUCGCCCCGGGCGGGGCUCCCCGAGGCGGUCCUGGCGCAGGCGCGGCUGGCCUGGGAGGCCCAGCAGGUGCACCAGCUGAAGCAGAGGAGCAGCUGGGACGCCGCCCAGCAGCAAGGGGGGGCGUCCCAGAGCCCCGCCCCGCAGGGCGGCUCGAAGGACGGGUACGAGAGCGACGGGGCCCUGCCGCCGCCCCUGCCGGGGCCCGUGGUGCGGGCGUUCAGCGAGGACGAGGCGCUGGCCAUGCACGAGGGCCACUGGAAGCGCAGCAACCUGGAGAGGCUGGGCUUCCCCCAGGCCCUGCUGGAGAAGAGCCUGUCUGUGCAGACCAACCUGGCCUCCCCCGAACCCUACCUGCACCCCUCACAGUCGGAGGAUCUGGGGGCGUGUGUGCAGUUUGAGGCCAGUCGGAACGCCCGGAACAUGAUGCCCAGCGCCAGCUGUGGAGUUUUCCCAGAAUUCACUCUGCGCAAGCCCUCCUCCGAGACGGACAUCCAGAACUGGGCGUCCAAACACUUCAACAAACACACACAGGGCCUGUUCCGGCGCAAGGUGUCGAUCGCCAACAUGCUGGCCUGGAGCAGCGAGCCGAUCCGGAAGCCCAUGAUCGCCACGGCGGACCGCGCGGUGAAGAGGGAGGCGGUGGAGAUCUUCAAGCUGAUCCAGACGUACAUGGGCGACCGGCGGGCCCGCGGCGACCCGCUGGCCGUGGCGCUGGAGGUGGUGGUGAAGGGCUGGACCAGCCAGGGGCUGCGCGACGAGCUCUACAUCCAGCUGUGCCGCCAGACCACCGAGAACUUCCGCUACGACAGCCUGGAGCGAGGCUGGGAGCUGAUGGCCGUCUGCCUCUUCUUCUUCCCGCCCACGCCCCGCUUCCACUCCUACCUGGAGGGCUACAUCUACCGGCACAUGGACCCGCUCAACGACACCAAGGGGGUUGCCAUCAGCAGCUACGCCAAGUACUGCUACCGCAAACUACAGAAGGCUGCACUGACCGGCGCCAAAAAGGGCCUGCAGAAGCCCAGUCUGGAGGAGAUCAAGCACGCCCGGAACGCCAUCUUCAGCCCCUCCAUGUUCGGCAGCUCCCUGGAGGAGGUGAUGGCCCUGCAGAAGGAGCGCUACCCGGACCGGGAGCUGCCCUGGGUCCAGACCCGGCUCUCCGAGGAGGUGCUGGGCCUCAACGGAGACCAGACCGAGGGCAUAUUCAGGGUCCCAGGUGACAUUGAUGAAGUAAACGCUCUGAAGCUCCAGGUGGAUCAGUGGAAGGUCCCAACGGGACUGGAGGACCCUCACAUCCCAGCCUCCCUGCUGAAGCUGUGGUACCGGGAGCUGGAGGAGCCGCUGAUCCCCCACGAGCACUACGAGGAGUGCAUCUCCCACUACGACAGCCCCGAGGACGCCGUCAAGGUGGUGCUGGGGCUGCCCCGCAUCAACAAGCUGGUGCUGUGCUACCUCAUCCGCUUCCUGCAGGUCUUUGCCCAACCCGCUAAUGUAGCAGUCACAAAGAUGGACAUAAACAACCUGGCCAUGGUGAUGGCGCCCAACUGCCUGCGCUGUCAGUCGGACGACCCGCGGGUCAUCUUCGAGAACACGCGCAAGGAGAUGUCCUUCAUCCGCGGCCUGGUGCAGAGGCUGGACACCAGCUUCAUGGAGGGGAUACUAUAGCCCAGCGCAGACAGGAAUGCCACAACACAGGGUCCCACACCACACACACACACAUAAAUACAUUCAUACACGUACAUACACACCCACACACCCACACACACAGACAUACACAAACAUACACACACACACACACACACACACACACAGAAUGACAUUGUGGAAACGUCCCGCUGACCUGCAUUUUGUAUUGAUUUUUUUAACUCCAGUUCUCUGAAACUCCCUCCCGAGUGGAAAGAGAAUAGAAAACUGCAGUUCAUAAUCAGAGUACAUUUAUCACCGUCGUAUUGUCGGGAGUUACAAAAUUAGUGGAAAUGUUUCCUAGACAUGUACAGUCACAUUUGCCUGCCAUUUCUCCGUCACUUUCAGCCGUACACACAUCGAUGCAUAUGAACAUGUCUCAUCCCAUACCAGUCCACACACUGCCAAAGGAACAGAACACUCUCUCUCUCGCAUGCGCACACACACACACACUCGCAUACACACAGGCACACACACACUCACAUACGCACACGUACACACACGCGCACACACAUCCACACACGCACACACAUCCACACAUACAUGCAUUCACACUCACACACACACCCAUGUACACACUUGCACACACAUACACACACACAUUAGUUGAUGUCAGUGGGGUGAAGCCUGCAUGGUUCUGUUUUUGUUUUGGGGGGGUGGGUACGGGGGGGCGGGGGGUUGUGUAUAGGGGCACUCAGAGAUCCGAUCCUCAGGUGUUCUGCUUUUAAGAGCGGUGUGACUGCCAAAUAGAAACACCUGCGGAGAGACACUGUGCUCCCAUAGGCCCCGCUGUUCACCUGGAUGAGACUCCGCCCCCCUAUUCGCUCGUACAACCCCCCCCCCACCCCCCACUCCCAUUCCCCACGUGCCACCUCAGCCCCAUGUUACUGGCGGAGUGAUUGACAGGUCUGGUAAUCUAGGGGCAAGGCUGGCGCUGUGGGGGGGGGGGCGGGGGGGCAGAAGUUCCGGAAUCCUGCGGUGCUGUGACCCCCCCAGAACCCCGCCCCCCCAUUUCAUCUGCCACAGCUGCUGUAAUGCCCUGGGAAACAUGGCUACGUUUUCUUUCUCUUCUUUUCUUUCGUUGUUGUUUUUUUGUUUGUUUGUUUUGUUCUGUCUUUUUUGUUGUUUGUUGCUUUUUUACAUUCAUUUUUGAUGUGACAUUUUUGUAAAUUCUUUUUAAUAUUUUUGUAACAAGAAAGUAGAAGGUCCUUUAAACAGCAGCCUUUUUCCAAACCCCCCCCAUUCCAUCCCCAGCAAACGGCCAAACAAAACCCCCUGAUUCCUCUCUCUCCUCCCCCCCCCCUCUCUCAGUUAGGUGAUUUUGUUUUAGCCCACCCCCCUCCCUAUCCACUAAUCACAGUUCUGAACGUGUCUCAAGAGUUUAAAUACAGUUUCUGUCUGUUCAUCUGCCAGUCCGUCUGUCAGCCUGUCUGUCAGCCUGUCUGUCAGUCCGUCUGUCAGUCCGUCUGUCAGUCCGUCUGUAUCAAACCUGGCUGGCUGAGUUGGCACAUACGGCUGCCCUGGGAUUUCAAAUUGUCCUCUGAAGGUUAUGAUAUUUAAUUUAAUUUAAUUUUCUGUGUUUAUUGUAUAUAACAGGAAUUGUCUCUUUUUAAUCCAUUGUUUUAUGUAAUUUAUUUCUAUUUAUUUGAGCAAGCUUUCCACAAAUGCCUUUUGAGAUGGGCCGAAGUUGCAUGUGUAUGUGUGUGCUUUGUGUAUGUGCGUACGUGUGUGCGUUGUGUGCUUUGUGUAUGUGUGUGCGUGUGCGUGCGUAUGUAUGUGCUCAUCUGUGCGUGCGUGCGUGCGUUUGUGUGUAUGCAGGCGUGCGUGCAUGCGCGUGUGCGUUUGUGUGUAUGCAGGCGUGCGUGCAUGCGUGUGUGUGUAUGUUUGUGUGUGUAUGUGUGUGUGUGUGUGUGAGAGAGGGUGCGUGUGUGUGUGUGCGUGCAUGCGUGUGUGUGUGUAUGUUUGUGCCUGUAUGUGAAGGUCGUACAUACGAGUGCACUGGAGUGUGUGUGCACAUUUUGCACGUUACUGCGUGUCUUACGUGAGUAUUUGGAUGUGAAAUGUCUUAAAGGAGGACCAUACCACAGGGACAGACUGACUACAGGAAGCUAGGCAGAGCAGUGCUCACUGCUGAUUGGAUGCCGGUCCAACCCCCUCACUCCCCUCUUGCCAAAAUGGGCGGGGAUACUAGUCAGUGUCAUGAGAGCCAACUGGGUACAUAAAUAAACUCACAGCUUAAACUCCACCCAUUCAGCUUUAUUUGGCAACACUGGACACUCCUGCACACACACACACACACACACACGCACACACACACACACACACUCACACACGCACCCUCUCUCACACACACACACGCACAUACACACACACACACGCGCACACACACACACACACACACACACACACACACUCGCACGGACGUUGGUUGACGCUCACCUUCGCCCGCUCACACCAGCCACACAGGUGACACCGUCGCAGUCGGCGUGGAAACGGAACAGUGAUGUCACGGUGGGAGGGGGGCGGAGGCGGGCUAAGGGCCACGCGGAGGUCAGACACCCGUACUGCACCCCUCCCGCCCCGCCCGCCCCGCCCAGCCCUCACUGACACGAGGCAGAACCGUCAUGACCCAAGUGUACAUUCAGCCACCUGUACAGACCAGAUGUAAAAAUUGAGUAAAUAAAAGUACCUUUAAAAAAAAAAAAAAAAAAAAAAACACCGCAAAAGUUAACAAAGCAGUAAAUGUAAUUAUAAUGACAAUAGCAAUGGAACUAGUCCUACGAACAGGGUGUCUUUUUUUUUUUGUUUGUUUUUUUGUUUUUUUGGUAUGUUGCCAUUAAAUUGUGUGUGUUGGAAACAGCUAUGCUCGUGUGAACCGAGGUCUCCACCUGUGUGAGUAUUUUAACCCCGCGUGGGACAGAACUGAACAUUUUUGGCCCUGGUGGAAGAGAGAAUGAAAUGUGUCCCCCACCCCACCCCCAACCCCAACCCCCUCUUCCGCCUAACCCCUUGAAAAGCAAAGCGGAUCCAGAGAUCAGCGUUACUACGGAGACAAAGCCCUCACUGCUUUCGUGACCUGGAAGUGAAAAAAUCUGCUAAGGUCAGGACUGGACGGAAGCAGCGGGCGGCGUUGGGUGUCUCUGUCUGGUGGUGUGGGAGCUCAGCGGUUGUUUUCAGUGAAUUUCAGAUCGCCGCGGGUUACGGAACACUGUAGUGACAUGACAUCGGCUCCGCCAGUUGACCAAUCACAGUCAGGGAGGGCACAGUCUGGAACGCGUCUGGAUGCCUAUAGGCCCAUGUCCAUGUGUCGUUUAAAAAAUUAAAAAAAGAAAAGAAAAAGAAAAAAUUUUGGGAACAUGAAAACAGAUUUUAAAAAAUCUAAUAUUACAGUUGAGCUACUUUUAGCUUUUUACAAAAAAAAAGAUGUUUCCUGGAAGAGAUUUUUUUUUUGUGUUCCUGUUAUUUUCUAUAGAACUGAUGUUCAUUUUUUUAAUUUGCUAAUGCUGUUGAUGUUCCUAUGACAAGUUUUGUCCAUAUGGUUGUAAUUAUUAAUAUAAUUAUUUUUGACAGAGGGGUGUGAGACUACAGUGAGACUGCCCUGCCCCACAGCCAACACCCUCUAACAGCACCCCCCCCCCGUCCUCCCCCCCCCCGACCCCAACACACCGCAUACCCCACACACAUCCGCUAGGGCCUACCCCUCCUCCCCAUACUGAAGGUUUCCAUUUUAAAAUACGUGUCACAUUCGGUUAGGGGAGAAAACAAGGCAUUGUUUAAUAAAUUAUUGAAAUGUGAA